AUGCAGAAAUUGCUACAACGUCCAACUUGUUCACUCCCAAUCCCUAUUCUAUCUUCUUCUUCUUCUUCUCAUAACCCUCUCUUUCUUCAUCUUCCAACAGCAACAAUGACUACAAAGACAACAACACCAAACAGCAAUAACACUACUCUGCUUCUCAAACAUUCCUCUUCUCGUUACUCCAACCCCUCCUAUCUCCGCACAUCUUUCUCUCCAACUCUAACCCUAACACCCACCAAAACCCUUCUUAACCGCUCUCUUUAUUCAAAUUCCUCUUUACAUCAUUCAUCCUCCCACUCUACAACUAGGGAAGACCCUUCUUCUUCCUCUUCCUCUACCACCGCCUUCAGACUAAAUAGGAGGCAAAAGGUUUCUUCUUCUUCUCCAUCCUCUAAUCCUGAUUUGUUGGCUAUUCCCGGUGUGGGUCCCAGAAAUUUCAGAAAACUCCUCAACAAAGGUAUCCAAGGUGUCGCCCAACUCAAACAACUCUACAAAGAUAAGUUCUUUGGCAAAUCUACUGACCACAUGGUGGAGUAUCUACAGAGUUCUGUUGGAAUUAUCCACAAGAACCAUGCUGAAAGUAUAACUACUUUCAUUAAAAAGAGUGUCGAUGAAGAAAUAGAUGAUAAUUCCUCUGGGAAGCAAUCUUCGCAGAAGAAGCGACUUACUUUCUGUGUCGAGGGUAACAUCAGUGUUGGUAAGACUACUUUUCUUCAGAGAAUAGCUAAUGAAACUAUUGAACUCAGGGAUCUCGUCGAGGUCGUUCCUGAACCCAUUGGUAAGUGGCAGGAUGUUGGACCUGACCACUUCAAUAUACUCGAUGCUUUUUAUGCUGAGCCUGAGAGGUAUGCCUACACCUUUCAGAACUAUGUAUUUGUUACUAGGGUCAUGCAAGAAAGAGAGUCUUCUGCUGGAAUCAAGCCUCUUCGAUUGAUGGAGAGAAGUGUUUUUAGUGACAGGAUGGUUUUUGUACGAGCUGUUCAUGAAGCCAAGUGGAUGAAUGAGAUGGAGAUCAGUAUUUAUGAUUCUUGGUUUGAUCCUGUCGUCUCUACUUUGCCUGGCCUCAUUCCUGAUGGUUUUAUCUAUUUAAGAGCAAGUCCUGAUACUUGCCAUCAAAGAAUGAAGUCAAGGAAGAGAGAAGAAGAAGGUGGAGUCAGCCUAGAGUAUCUGCGCGACCUCCACGAAAAGCAUGAGAGCUGGUUAUUCCCCUCUCAAAGUGGUAAUCAUGGAGUAUUAUCUAUCAACAAGCUUCCCCGUCAUGUCGACAACUCUUUACACCCUGAUAUAAGAGACCGUGUAUUUUAUCUCGAGGGUGACCACAUGCAUUCCAGCAUUCAGAAGGUUCCUGCAUUGAUUCUGGACUGUGAACCCAAUAUUGAUUUCACCAAGGAUAUUGAAGCCAAGAGGGAAUAUGCACGCCAAGUUGCAGAGUUUUUUGAAUUUGUCAAGAAACAGCAAGUUCUAUCUGAGGAAGCUGUUGCAGGUGGUAAAAAUAGCCAGGGCCAUCCACAACAGGUGAUGCUGCCUCAUGAAGGUGACCUGUGGCUACCAGGUGGAAAGCCUUUCCCCCGAACAGCCUUGGACUUCAGACGGGCAAUGUCCAUUAUGUCUGGUAGUGGCUGA